AGGUGGCUCCAGCUCAGGCUCCGCCCCCACGGCGCCCGCUUCCAAGAUGGCUGCAGCGAUGCCUGCCGGGUGGUAUGGGUGGCGGUGACAACAGGAAGCUGGAGACCAGCCUCCCGCGCCGCUGUCACCCGCCAAAGCCGCCACCCAGUCCCACCCCGCGGGGACCAGGUGGGGAGAGGUGGAGGGCGCCGCCCGGGCCGCCCGGCCGCGGAGACCCAGGUGGUGACGCUCCUGCACCUAAGGAGCAGCCCCGGGGCACGUGAAGAGCGCGAGGAGCCGCUUCCCGCCCGCCGCCCCCUUGGAGGCCGCCUGCUGCGCCCGUCCGGCCCGGCUGGAGAAAAGUCUCCUCUAGCUGCCCUGUCCCUGCUCCCUGAACUGAUGAUGCCUCACAUCUCUGCCUCACCGGGACCCCCUGGCACCCCAUGAUCUGCAAGAGGACAGCCUGAACCUCACCCUGUACCCAGGAUGCUGCGACGGCUGUUGGAGCGGCCCUGCACCCUGGCCCUACUCGUGGGUUCCCAGCUGGCGGUCAUGAUGUACCUGUCCCUGGGGGGCUUCCGGAGCCUCAGCGCCCUGUUUGGCAGGGAUCCGGGCCCAACGUUUGACUACUCUCACCCCCACGAUGUCUACAGCAAUCUCAGUCACCUGUCUGGGAUCCCCAUUGCCCCGGGGGGUCCCCCAGCUCUUCAGGGCCUGCCCUACUGUCCAGAACGGUCCCCUCUGCUAGUGGGUCCUGUGUCCGUGUCCUUUAGCCCUGUGCCAUCCCUGGCUGAGAUUGUAGAGCGGAAUCCCCGGGUGGAAGCUGGGGGCCGGUACCGCCCCCCAGGCUGUGAGCCCCGUUCCCGUACUGCAGUCAUUGUGCCCCACCGUGCCCGGGAGCACCACCUGCGCCUGCUGCUCUACCAUCUGCACCCCUUUCUGCAGCGCCAGCAGCUGGCCUACGGCAUCUAUGUCAUCCACCAGGCCGGAAAUGGGACCUUUAACCGGGCCAAGUUGCUGAACGUUGGGGUGCGUGAGGCCCUGCGUGAUGAGGAAUGGGACUGCCUUUUCCUACAUGAUGUGGACCUCUUGCCUGAGAAUGACCACAACUUGUAUGUGUGUGAUCCCCGGGGGCCUCGACACGUGGCGGUUGCCAUGAACAAGUUUGGAUACAGCCUCCCGUACCCCCAGUACUUUGGAGGAGUCUCCGCACUCACACCUGAUCAAUACCUGAAGAUGAAUGGCUUCCCCAACGAGUACUGGGGCUGGGGUGGAGAGGAUGACGACAUUGCCACCAGGGUGCGCCUGGCUGGGAUGAAGAUCUCCCGGCCCCCCACAUCUGUGGGUCACUACAAGAUGGUGAAGCAUCGGGGAGACAAGGGCAAUGAGGAGAACCCCCACAGGUUUGACCUCCUGAUACGGACUCAGAACUCCUGGACACAGGAUGGCAUGAACUCACUGACCUACCGCCUGCUGGCCCGAGAGCUGGGCCCACUCUACACGAACAUCACAGCAGACAUAGGGAGGGACCCACGUGGGCCUCGGACUCCCACUGGGCCCCGGUAUCCGCCUGGGUCCUCCCAGGCCUUCCGGCAAGAGAUGUUGCAGCGUCGGCCCCCUGCCCGGCCUGGGCCACUCCCGGCUGCCAACCACACAGCCCCCCGUGGCCCACUGUAAUCAUGAAUUGACUCCUCUGAGGGCUGGUUCUCCUGCCCGGACUCUGGGGGGCCUCCCCUCACUGCUGGACUGGAGCUGGGCUCCUCUCCCUCUGGAGGGCCCUCUCUCCUUUGAGAGUCCCCUGCCAGGAUCUGACUGUGAAUCCUUGAAUCAUGAUUUUUAAGUGCUGACUCCUAGGGGCUCCCUGCUCCUGGGACAGGACCAGGGCUGGACCCCGAGUGACAAGAGACCCAGCGCCCCCUCCCCUCACCCUGGCCCUGUGACUAUUUAUUCUAUUUAUGGUCCCCAGGAAGCCUCUCCUGGGAUAUGCUGGAGCACCCCCCCUUCUCAGCUGGGCUUGGGGGAGGCUGGGAUUUUGAUAUAUUUUCUAAUAAAGGACUACGUCUCA